AUGUCUACUCCAGAUUCAGGUACCAUAGAUACUCAAACGGCAAAGUGGACGAAAACCGAUGUCGAAAAAUCUCCAGAGGACGAGAACUCAUCAAUCCACGAUAAAACAGAAUUAAAGCUUGCAGAGGUCGACGGAGAAUCUGCAGAAUCUGAAAAAUUAGAAAAUCAUGCGACAUCCCAAGAUUUAUCAACAGGUACAGAAGAGCAAGGCGUCACUUCAGAUAAUGAUACGAAUUUGAAUGAGAAUCAAAAUGGUGAAAGUGAUUCAGGCGAGAAAGAUAUUGCUACCGAGGGCCCGCCAUUACCUGAAGAACCUCUACCGCCCCUCCCAAAUGAAGAACCUCCAGUUGUCGCACAAGAAGACGAUGGUUGGGCACCAGUCUGGGAUGAGACAAAUCAAGCCUUUUACUUCUUCAAUCGAUUUACCGGAGCCACACAAUGGGACAACCCUCGUGUUCCAGAAGUCGCGCAGCCUGGUCCACCAGGCGUACCAGCUACAAAGCCUGCUGUUGUACCUAUAGAAAUUGACCCAACUUCUCGUCCAGCCGGUGGCUAUGAUCCUGCUAUUCACGGAGAUUAUGAUCCGAACGCCUGGUAUGCGCAAUCAACGGCAGCCGAAGAACCAGCAGCUGUUGGGUUAGAUCCAGCCGCCGCCUACGCAGCAACUGGCCAAUUCAAUCGAUUUACAGGACGUUGGCAAGCCGCAGAAAUCAAUCCGGAGAACUUCAAUGAUGAGAACAAGAGUAAAAGACAAAUGAACGCUUUCUUCGACGUUGACGCUGCGGCAAAUAAUCAUGAUGGUAGAAGUUUGAAGGAAGAACGCAGUGGCAAGAAGCUAUCCAAAGCAGAACUAAAGCAAUUCAAGGAGAAGAGAAAACAGAGAAAGGAAGAGAAACGAAGAGCGUGGUUGAGGGAUUGA